CAAACUUUUAUAGGAAAGAACUAAAAUAAAUAUAUAUUUAAAAAAAAAAAUAGUGAAAAAAUGGCCAGCGAAAUUAAGAAAAAAGCUUUCUGGAGAGCAGUAAUAGCCGAAUUUUUAGCAAUGAUAAUUUUUGUUUUUAUUAGCAUUGGUGCUGCUCUCGGGUUUAAUUUUCCUGUUGCACAGAGCCAGAAUGCUACCCGGACACAAGACAUUGUAAAGGUGUCCCUGGCUUUUGGGCUGUCGAUUGCUACCAUGGCUCAAAGCGUUGGCCACAUUAGCGGCGCUCACCUGAAUCCUGCUGUGACACUUGGUUGCCUGCUGAGCUGUCAGAUUAGCAUCCUCAAGGCUGUCAUGUAUAUUAUUGCCCAGUGCCUGGGUGCGGUGGUCGCCACAGCAAUCCUAUCCGGCAUCACGUCUGAAGUCAGAGAGAACUCGCUGGGUCUGAAUGGGGUAAGACAUUUUAUUCAUUAUUUUUUAUUAUCACAUUCUGUACGGAUCACGUACUAAACUGGAGCAAAGUACUAAAAAUGGAGCAGUCACCAUGGCAACCAAUGGAAUGUUCCACAGUUAAAACUUUGAACCAGAUACUUUGCAUUCACAUGGACCCAUUCUGUGCACCUGUUAAGGGACAUUUAUAUUACAAUGUAAUAAUUCAAAUAUGUCUUCAUGGAAAGCCAGGAAUAAUAAUAAGAAUUAAAAUAAAGGUUAUCUUUUUAUUGGGGUUUUCACUGUAAUUAUUUUACUGUCGUGACUGCUGAUAUAUUAUUAAACAAUUGUAGUUAUAGUAUCAUCAUUCACUCGCUUUACCUGUCGCUGUCCAGCUGACACGUCUUUCUCUCUCCAUCUAUGGAGCUGGCUCUCUCUGCUGCCAUUUCUUAAACCCCUUAAGGACCAAACUUCUGGAAUAAAAGGGAAUCAUGACAUGCCACACAUGUCAUGUGUCCUUAAGGGGUUAAACCCCAGGGUUUAUUUACUAAACCGGCAGCUGUGGAAAACUGAUCAGAGGAAUGUUCAUUUCACGACAAAAGAGGCAAACUAGAAAUUGCUGGGCUAAAAACCUAUUCAGUUUGGUUACUUUUGCCUAAAAUUUUUAAUUUCCUUUAUUAAUCUUCAACAAUUUCCAGUUCAUUAAAUAAACCACCUUGUGUUUUACCUGCUUAUGUGUUCAGUUUAGAAUGUAAGCUUUUGGGCUUCAAUCAGAUAGAUAGAACAGACAGACAAACAGAUAGAUAGAGAGAUAGAUAGACAGACAGAUAGAGAGACCGGUGAUGGAACAGACAGGCAGACAGACAGAUGUAAAGAUCCAUACAUCCAUUAAAUUAAAAUAAAUGUAUUAUAUUGUAAAUAUAUAAUACAGCUUUAAAUAAUGAUAGACUACACAUAUCCCCAAACUUUCCUAUUGGCGUGCAAAGGGUGCACUAUUUAAAUCAGAGUCAUUCUGUUUCCAAAUAGAAUUAACACGUCUUUUCCUACACAUUGAAUGGGAAGAAUUUACACAAUUUACUCCCCAAGGAUCCCUGCUGCAGGAAUGGAGCUGAGAUAAGGAGAGUGUUUAUGUUAAACUCAGUAGGAGUUUGACCUGCACUGAGAGUGCAUCAGGAUGUAGCAGUAUAUAUUCCAGCUGAUCACUGCAUCCAUUGCCCAGGCUGCUUCCCAGGGGAGUUCUUAGCAUCGGAAAUGUAAAGGAAAGCCAGCUUUGUUUUCCAGUAGUGAAUCCUUAUUAUAAAACUCUGUUGGAGAAUCCAUCCACAGGUUAAACAUCCUGAUACUCUCAGUGAUAACGUGUGGGGCUUAUUCACUAAAAACCAAAUUAUAGCUAAUGGAAACAAGAAUAAAGCAACCACAAUAGGACUACAGCUGAGUUGAGGAAUUUUUUUAAAUCAGCACUUUAUUUAUCACAAAUGUUCCGUUUUUAAUUCAGCGUUCACUGAAUACAUAAAUCCCAGAGAAAGUUAAGAAUAUCUGUCCGCUAUUGCACGGUAAUAAAUAUAGCUGGAUGUCUAACAGUCUGGCAAAGGGAAGCCGUAGAAACAGGUACAAACUAUGGUGGAUAAUAUACACGUCUUAAAGAAUGAAUACGUUUAGCAUAGGGUUUGUAAACCUGAAAACAAGCAGGUUCUUUCUAAGGCACAGAGUCCAAAACUCCAUAAACCACUUGUCAUUCUUUAAUUCAGUUGUGUUUAACUGUUGCCUUUCACUUGAUUAAUUCCUCAAAUUCUCUACUGGCCAAAGGGAAACCUAUGAGUCGAUCCACUAAACGACAAGUAAGAGUGAAUUGGGAAUUAACUUGCCUUGCAAGAUUUAGGACAAAAUUAUUGACCUGGGAAAAAAUGAUGCAUUUCAGUAGAAUCAGAUAUUAUUAUCUCUACUCAGGCAUUAAUUAUUAUUGUUUAUAAAGCGCCAACAAAUUCCGCAGCGCUGUAUAAUAGGUGGACUAAUAGAUAAGAUUACAGUGAAGGGUAAGCUUAUUGGAUGGCACAGUUGCAGGAGAGGAAGCAGGGUGGGUUACCAACUUAAUUGAUACCUAAAGAUGUGAGUUUUUAAUGAUCUUUUGAAGGAACUAAGACUGGAUAAUAGUCUAAUGAAGCAGGGAAGGGAGUUCCAUAGGUAUGGUGCAGCCCUAGAGAAGUCUUGAAGGUGUGCAGAAAAACAGAGAAAAGACGCAGAUCUUUGACAGAGCGUAGGGGCCUUGACAGGACAUAUGUGUUAAUUAGGAAGGAUAGGUAGGCUGGGGCAGAGUUAUGUAAAAAUUUGUAAACUAGCACCAGCAUUUCAAAUUGAACCCUAAAUCUUACGUGUAUUGGUAGGGGUAGGAUCAUGGCAAUCUUCUCAGCGAAGCGAGUAACAAAGUUUGUAGCGGUCAGGUUGGUAGGAGUAGGAGCAGCAGCGACAGGGCAAAGUAGAAAGUUAAAAGUGUGAAAGAGGCGUUUGGGUUCUCGGGAGAGCGUGGUAUUGAAGGUAGUUAUUUUUUAGAGACUUAUUUAUCAAGUCAUCACAACUUACUGUUUAUCAAAUAAACAGUCAAACAACAGCGCCAAGUGCCAAGUCCGGACACUCAUACUUUAAUUGGAACACCCAUGAGCAGAUAGCAUCUAGACAGAUCAUGUGGAAUGGUGGAAUUAGCUAGUGGUUCCCAGUCCUCAUGGCAUUCUCUAAUUCUGUCCCAAUGAGGACACUAAUAAUAUAUGGACCAUCGAUGUGCCUUGAAGAACUUUGUGGGGUAGAAUACACCUAUGAACCUAAUUAUCACCAGUUGAUGGUAUCAGAGAUAAUUCUAUCAUUCUCAUAAUUGUUGCCCAUUAAUUUUGCAGACUGAGGAAGGCACAUUUCACAUAGAAGAUUGCAGGGUUAGAAAGCUGACUUUUCAGCAGUAGGUGUACAGAGAAAGUUUUCCUAAGACUUUAGAUAGAAGUCUAGUCUGGCAGAAUGACUAAGCACAGUUUGGGGAAGAAUUGCAAUUUGUGCAUUGGCAGCGGGUCAACAUAAUUAGAAUGUGUAAAUAACUGCUUACUAUACUGUAUUUAUGUAAUGUUUUAAUUAAUGCUAGCUACUAGCAAUACACUCUAUUAACACUUUCCCUGUAUAUAUAUAUAAAAAAAUAUAUAAUUGAUCACCAGAUUUUUUUUGUUAAGUAUGAAAUGCAUUGCUAACCCAUAAACAGAGGAUACAGCAUUAAAUUAAAGGAACACUAUAAUGGCAGGAUUGCAAACAUGUAUUCCUGAUCCUAUAGGGAUAAAAAAAUAUUUUAGGUGACCUGUCCCCCCUUAGCCCUCUAAAAAUUGUGUAAAACUCACCUUUAUUCCAGCACCGCUUGGCUCUGCUGGCGUUGGCCUCACCCCCACUCUGCCUCCUUGGCUGAGAUCAUCAGAAUUGACAAUCUUAGCCAAUCCAAGGCUUUCCCAUAGGAAAGCAUUGGAGGCUAUUGUUCAUGCACUACAAAAUGAUGUGCUGGGCCAAUAAGCAUCUCCUCAUAUAGAUGCAUUAAAUCAAUGCAUCUCUAUGGGUAAAGUUCAGUGUCUCCAUGCAGAGGAUGGAGACAUUGAACUCAAGAAACACCUCUUGUGGCAAUCUGAGGAAUGGCCACUGGAGGUGUCCCUAGGAAGCAAUGUAAACAUUGCUUUGCAGGCAAAAAAAAUAAUAAUAAAAAAACACCUUUUUAUUCUAAAGGGCUACAUUAGGGCAAGCUGUAAUCAACAUGGAUUUUGGUAUAAUUGUAGACAGUUAUCUUAGCAACAAAUAUCGUGUAAUGUCAAUCAUUGAUUUUGACCAAGUAUAACAUUUUACACCAUAAAACCAGAUUCAAGUGGAUAUUAUAAGGUUAAAUACAAGUAUCCAGGGACAAUACAAACAGUGCUAUGGAGUUACAAUGUCAUGUAGAUUGUGCAUUCAGAUUCAGCCGUAUUGCGAUUUGGCCAAAUUUGGGUCAAUUGAUCAUUUGGCUAAAUUCUGUAUCUCUGAAGCAUUUCAUACUCAAGCAAAUGACUAGACUGAUUGUUGAACAUUUAGUAUUUCGAGUUCAUCUGUGGUUCCAAAAACAGAGAUGACUGAUGGGAAAAAAAAGAUGACUAAUGGUCACUAUGUCGAUUUUAUUCACAGAUUAGGUGAGACGUGACAAAUAGAAGAUCAAAGGAGGAGCAUUAGAAAAUUAUUAUAUAUUUAAGAAAUAAGUAAAAUACAUAAACAUAGAUUUUUUUAACUCUUCUUUUUCCCUCUAUUGGAUACUUUUUCUGGGCCUUUCAGUGUUAUUAUAAUAUUAAUAUUCUGCAUAUAUUUUGCAGUACACUGAUUGGCCCAUUUUCACACCUUUUUUCGUUUGCCUAAAUGUUUCCUUGAAAUACUUUUUAAUGAAUGACGUUCGGCCAAGCCGAAUUGUCAAAUGAAUGAGUAUCUGACGUCUGGAACAUAAUUUCAAUUUUUCUGAAUAUUUAUUUUGCCAACCAGAACAUCUUACCAUGUUACCAAAAAUAAUGAAUAUAUUGUAUUUAUAUUUUGUGUAUUCACUGUGAAUGUUUAAACAGUGUAUAUUGCUUUAAAGCCAUGCAGAUUUUUCCAUAUAGAACUCCAUGUAUAACCUUUCUGUGCUGGAUCAGUCAACAACAUAUUUUGCUGUAAGGUAUUACCACCCCGUUUACUGUUUAUUUAGCAAUCUGUUGGAAUAUCUGAGUGAACAGCCUCAUGGAUAUUUCAGAGACUUUUACAUUAGACAUUACCUCUUGGGUCAAAGUUGAGGUUAUUGCACUCGACAAGCAAUCCGAUGUCAAGAACAGAGAUACAAGAAGAUACUCGCAACAAUAUAAGAGAAAUAUUUCGUGUGAGAGUGUAUGACAGAGCUCCACAGCACUAAAGCUCAAUGUAAUGUGUAUGAUUGCAUCACAGAGCUCCACAGCAAUAAAGCUCAAUGUAAUGUGUAUGAUUGCAUCACAGAGCUCCACAGCAAUAAAGCUCAAUGUAAUGUGUAUGAUUGCAUCACAGAGCUCCACAGCAAUAAAGCUCAAUGUAAUGUGUAUGAUUGCAUCACAGAGCUCCACAGCAAUAAAGCUCAAUGUAAUGUGUAUGAUUGCAUCACAGAGCUCCACAGCAAUAAAGCUCAAUGUAAUGUGUAUGAUUGCAUCACAGAGCUCCACAGCAAUAAAGCUCAAUGUAAUGUGUAUGAUUGCAUCACAGAGCUCCACAGCAAUAAAGCUCAAUGUAAUGUGUAUGAUUGCAUCACAGAGCUCCACAGCAAUAAAGCUCAAUGUAAUGUGUAUGAUUGCAUCACAGAGCUCCACAGCAAUAAAGCUCAAUGUAAUGUGUAUGAUUGCAUCACAGAGCUCCACAGCAAUAAAGCUCAAUGUAAUGUGUAUGAUUGCAUCACAGAGCUCCACAGCAAUAAAGCUCAAUGUAAUGUGUAUGAUUGCAUCACAGAGCUCCACAGCAAUAAAACUCACAGAUAUGUGCAGUAUGUAUAGGUGUAUCACAGAGCUCCACAGCAAUAAUACCUUGUUAUGUGCAGUAUGUAUAGGUGUAUCACAGAGCUCCACAGCAAUAAAACCCUGUUAUGUGCAGUAUGUAUUUAUAACAGAGCUCCACAGCAAUAACACUUACAGUAAUGUGCAGUAUGUAUGAGUGUAUCACAGAGCUUUGCAGCAAUACAACUCAUACAUGCAGUGAGGUGUGUAUGAAGGUAUCAUCGCUUUUGAUCUGCGAAACGUUUGUUUGUAAUUUAUUUUGGAGCAGUAUAUUCAUUAUUUAAACAAGUUACCUUAUUCUAUCAUUAUAAGUAAGUAAAGUCAUUUUGUAAUUCAUCCUACAGAAGUAUUGCAAGAUGAGAAAUGUGUCUGAUUCCUGACUAUAGUUGGGAGGAGGUAUGCAAUAUGCCUUAUUUAAAUACGUUACCUUAACAUAUAUCGUUCAAGAUUAGAGGACUGCUUUGAUUCAGUCUGGAAUUCCCAGAUAUCUGGUUAAUUCCAGGGGCCCCGAUCUUUUUUUCUUCUAACUGCUCACUUUGUUCCUGGAUUCCUAGAGACCAUUAAAAGUGCUUGAAAUUAGGUCACAUAUUGCAUGUAUAAAAUAAACUAUUUAUCUUCUGUCCUUUGAUCUAGAUUGAGCUAAAAUAUACUUCUCAUCUGUAAACAAUCAUAUUUGUUUUAACACCAUGGUUAACGUUCAAUUGAUUAAAGGACAGAAAAAUAUGACUUUUAUUUAAAUACAUAAACUAAUUAAAAUUGUGUUCAACUUGAGGACCUUGGAAAAAUAUUUUAAAAGUUGAAAAUGAUGAAUGCCAUAUUUGAGAAAAUUUCUUGAUAAUGAAAGAUAUAAGGUACACCCGUGCAGAAGAGCUGCUUAGAUAAAGAGUUGCUUUACAGUAAAUAUUUACCAAAGCAGGCAUUUGUGGCUAGGAAGAUAAGCAUGUCUUUUUGGACCAAGUACACAGAGUCUCUAGAAAUAAAUUGACUCCUCCAUAUGUUAUAAAAUACAUUGUUUCUAUUACUACCUAAAUAUUGCUUAUUUUACGAUAAUGUUAAACCUGAUAUCUAAAGUUUACUCACAGUUACUCAUGAUACCAAAGUUUAUAAACAAUGUUAUAUAUAAAAAAAAAUGGGACAGCAGUUUUAAUUUUCUAGAAUUACUGUUCUCUAGAAUAACAAAGUAAAAUACCGUACUAUACAGAUGAGAAGGAUACACUACCUGUAAUAUUGUAAGUUAGAUAUGCUUGUUGCUUAAAAACAGCUGGAACAUUGAGAACAAUAUGCUCUUUACAUCCAAAUAAUCAUAAUACUUCCUUUAUUUAAAGGGACAGCCCACUGCACAAAUCCCAAAAAUAAUAAUAUAAAAAUACAUUUUAAAAAUCACUUUUUAGUAGAUAUUCCCCCAAUGAAAACAUGCAUUUCUUUAAUUAUGCAUUUCUUUUUUUAAUUGGGGUUAUAUCUAAAACCAGCUUUCAAAAGUGGCAGAUCUCUUUUCUGCAACCUUUGCAAGCCCUCCCCUUCUGACCCCGCCCAGACUUUCUGUGACUGUCCAAUCGCAGGCUUCCCAAUGCAGCUAAAUGGGAGUCUGAACCUCUCCAGCAGAGCUCGAUUAAAGAGUUUGAGAAGGUCACUUAUUGCUAAAUCCGAUAGUUCUUUUUCUGAUCUUUACUUUAAAUCUUAAAGAAUUUCAUAGAGGUAAAAUAAGAUAAACAUAAAAACGAAUGCAUCCAAAAAUAAAUACUGACUUAAUUUACCCAAGAAUACAAUUAUUGGAGUAAAUUAAUAUAACAAAAUAAAUAAGAAUACAACUUAAAGGACUACUAAUGUCACCCAGACCACGUCUUCUCAAUGUCACCCUGCAAUAUAUAACCCUUUUUUUUUUUAUAAACAGCAAUAUUUACAUUGUACUGGCAGCCAUUAUAACAGCCACUAGCGGUGCUUCCAUGAAACUUAACGAAUAAAACGUAGUCAUGUGACAUGGAAGGAACCAGUAGUCACGUGACAUGGAAUGCCCCAUAUUAAAGCAUUGAUGCAAUGUUUUCCUGUGGGGAAGCUUGGCUGCAUGUGCUGUGCUCGCUGCGCAUGCUCACCAGGUCCCCUAUGCUCCCCUAUGAGGAAAGGCGUCCGUCGUGACAUCACGGGAGGAGAAGAGCUGGGAAGCAACUAGGAACAUAGGCACUAAAUAAAGGUGAGGAAAACAUUUAUUUUCUUUAUUUUUAUCGUGAAGGGGAGGUGGGACCUGUAUUUUAUUAAGGACAGGGACACUAAAGUGAUACAGGUUUGUAUUCCUGGCGCUUUAAUGUUAGCUUGCAUGCUGCUCCUGAUCUUGCAGUACUAUAGGUUUAGAUUAAAUAUUAAGAUAACACCUCUACAUAUGAGCAGAAUGAGCAUGUAAGCUAUAAUUAGCUAUUUUGAAUGAAAAUAUCCUUUUUUUAUGUUCAGUCUUUUGGCGUUCCGUAGAGUCAUUUUAAUAAAAACAGGCGAUUAAACCAGUAAAGGUUAGCUUACACUGGUUUCCAAGAAAUCUUGUAUUGACCUCAGCAGUAUGAAAAGCUUGAUGAUUUAUCAGGAACUGAAUGUGGAACUGUGAAAACACUAACCACUGAGCUACCUCAAAAGCUGUUAAAGGGUGCCCAUAUACAAAUAAAUAAAAAUCACUGUUUAGUAGAUAUACCACAAAUGAAAACGUGUAUGCUUUAAAUUCUGCAUCUUUUCACUGGAGUUAUAUCUAAAAGCAGCUUGCAGAAGAUGCAGAUCAUUUGUCUGCAGCCUUUACAAACCCUCCUCCUUUAACCCCGCCCAGACUUUCUGUGGCUGUCCAAUCACAGACUUCCCAAUGCAGCUCAAUGAGAAGUCUUUGCAAGGCAGGUGCUCUGAGCAAUUGCUGCCUCUUGAGUUUAGUUCCACCGAGCUAAACAAACCAGGAAGUAAAAAGACAUGUUGUCUUCUUGAAAAUUCAAGUAUAAUUUAUAACAGCAUAUUCCUGAGUUUCUUAAUGAAAGCAAGAUGGAUUAAAGAGAUAGCUAGGAGAAUAUUUUGGUCAUCAGGCAGUAUCACCUUAACGUAACACCCCCUAUUGUCAUCUGCGUCUGGUCUUGGACUGUUAAUGGUUGACAGGUAGAGUCAUACUUAACUAAUCAGCUAUACUUAUUGUCCCACGUUCCCACCUUUUGGGCAAAAUUAAAGCACCACUGGCACCAUCUAGAACCUUUGCAGAAUUUGUGGUGGUGGUGGGCAGUGGAGGGGUGGGAAGAGGUGCACUGCCAUCCCACUCCCAGCAAGUCCCCAUCAGCUCCUGGUGCUUCAGCGUCAGGAGCUGAUGUUACUGCUGUAUUGCAUUUGCAUUGAAGCCUAUGGAUAUCCAUAGAUAAAGCCUAUUCCCUGCAGCUGUCACUGGUGAUGGCACUUCUAAAUGGCUGUAGCUCCACCCAGUGUCUAGAACUGUCAGGUAUAGGAAAUUUACAAAUACAUAGUCCCUACUUCGUCUCUGUAUAUCUCUUGACUGGGUUGGAAUUUCAGUUCCAACACAGUCAGUAUGAGUAUAUCAUAAAGUUUCUAUCUGUAUGAAAUACAAUUUUUUCACGGGAAGGGCGGGAUGUGACAGUGCUGCUUAAAAGAAACACUCUAGUUGAAGAGGCACAAUCGCUUCCUCCUCUAUUCCUCUCUCAGAAUCUGAUCUAUUUUUCUUUAAAACACAAGACAAAGAAGGGACUACUUUGUCUCAUGUAUUUUUCCUACGCUUGACCAUCUUUGACCCAAAGAGAAGCUUAAGUCGGCUCCAUUUCCUGUGUCAAAGAAAGUUUUACCACAAUACUCACCUCUCCUCCAUAUUCUUGCGUUGCUUCCUUUUGAUAUUUCCAAACGUCCUGUCAUUUAGACAAGGGCGUCAGCGAACGGACCGAAUUGCGUCGGGAACAGAAUGUCGACAUUUUGUCCAUUCGUUUUCAGAAAAAAUUCGGCUUUAUUUUCAGUUCAGAAUUUCAGCACUCUGAAUCUAAUUGCAAGGUGUGGGUAGCCCUCACCAUUUAAAAAUAGAUAAUUUUUUAUCGUCCGUUUUUUUUUUUCCAGCUUGGUUUUUUUUGUGAUCGGGUAAUUUUUAUUUUAUUAGUUUGACGGACUUUAUGAAUUUUUAUUUGGCAUUUUUGGGGGCUGAUAAUGAAGAUGAUAUCUAAUAUUAAGUAUUAUUUUUUCAUUUUCAGGUAUUUAGUUCAUUGCUAUGUAUUUAUUGAGGAGUUAUUAGGGGCUUGGGGACAUCUAGUCACUUGGAGGGGUAGUUACGUUUACAAUUUUUACUAUUUGCCCUCCCCCCCCGUUCAAGUGCCGUGAUUCUAACGCCAGGGCAAACUCCUUAACACAGCCUGAUUCUCCAUCACCAAAUGUAUUAACCUUGAUUACUGUGAUCCAAUUAAAUUCUCCUCAAGAGAGGCAAAAUGGAUAUAUAGAGCAUGCGCAAAGAUUUUAGCUAUGAUCUGCCAAUCCAAUGCUUCCCUGUGAAGAUCCUGGACACAAUUAACAUCCUUAGUGGCAUAAGUAUUGUAAAAUGUAAAAUAUCUUGCUAGAAAACAGCCCUGAUUUCAUUUGAAAGCCUGCAGGAGCAGCAACAACCCCCUAAAGUCAUUUCAUUAAAGCAAAGUAAUUUUGGUGCUUAGACUGUCCAUUUAAGGGUUCACUGAGAAUGAAUAUCCAUAAAUAACCAAGCUGAACCAUAUUCUAUAUUUUCAGGGCCGGAUUAACAUAAGGGCUGAUGGAGCUGCAGCUUCAGGCCCAGGCCCAUGGAAUAGGCCCAUUUAAAAAAAAUAUAUAUAUAUAUAUAUUUUUUUUUACAGACUACUCUUAGGUUUGCCACCUGACUGGUAUUUUAAGGCAGAGCUGGUAUUGGAGACUGCCUGGUCGAGACGAUAUUGCAGUAAUACCAGCAAUACAAAUGCAAAUAUUUGUCUCUGUAUAACCGAGAUUACUCUGCAAUACCAGCACCGGCCUGUAGGGUGUGUAUGGAGUGUAUGGAGAGAGGCAGGGAUAGGAAGUUACAGCAUCUCCCUGCCUCUCUCUACUCACUGAUCAGCAGGGGACCAGCUACACAGCACAGAGAGUCCAAACAGAAGCUCCCAGCCUGCAGAGACAGACUACAGCUCAGGUAUGUGAAGGAUGGGGGGAAAGGCAGCAGGGAGACAUGGGGACACUGAGACACUAGGGGACACUGAGACACUAUGGGACACUGGGAGACGCGGGGACAUUGAGACACAUGGGGACACACACAUGGGGACGCUGUAAGACACAGGGAGACACAUAGGGACACAGAGACACUAGGGACACAGUGUCUCCAUGUCUCCCAGUGUCCCCAUGUCUUCCAGCCAGUGUCCCUAGUGUCUCAGUGUCCCCAUGGCUCCGGGUGUCCCCCUGGUCUCCAGGUAUCUGUGACACCAUGUCUCUGUGUCCCCAUGUCUCUCAGUGUCCCCAUGUCUCCCAGUGUCCCCAUGACUCCCAGUGUCCCUAUGUCUCCCAGCCAGUGUCCCUAGUGUCUCAGUGUCCCCAUGUCUCCCAGUGUCUGUGUCCCCAUGUCUCUGUGUCCUUAGUGUCCCCAUGUAUAUGUCCACAAGUGCCCCAUGUCUCCCAGUGCCCCCAAGUGUCUGUGUUCCCAUGCCUCCCAACCAGUGUCCCUAGUGUCUGUGUCCCCAUGUCUCCCAGUGUCUGUGCCCCAUGUCUGUGUCCCUAGUGUCUGUCUCCCCAUUUCUCCCAGUGUCCCCAAAUGUCGGUGUCCCCAUGUCUCCCAGUGUCCCCAUGUCUGUAUUCACAAGUGCCCCCAUGUAUCUCAGUGUCCCUGGGUCUCUCAGUGUCCCCUAGUAUCCUAAUGACACGGGACACACUGAGACAUGGGGACACUGGGAGAAAUGGGGACACAUACACUGGGAGACUAGGGGACUGGGCGACAUGGGAACAUUGACACUGUGAUACAUAGGGACACUGAUGCCAGGCUAAUUUUUUGGACAGACAUGCCCCCUUUUUGGGCAUAUUUGCCCCUUUUGGCAAUUCUGGUCACGUGAUUCGCGUCAGUGGCGCGCCCUUUUACCCCGCCCAUGGACACUGCUGUCAUGGGGUAUGGAUUUACUUGAAAGAUGAAAGCAUUAAUUAGAUAAAGAGAUUAGCAUAGAGUAUGUGUUUUCUUAUAGCUGCAUCCUUUGAGUUUCCCUCCAACACCAACUCCAUCAGAUACAUGACACUUGAGAGGUAUGACUGUUUUAGUGUUUUUGGUCGAUAAGAUUCUGUAGUUAGGCCCAUCAUAAUUGUCAGCACCAGGCCCACCGGGCUCUUAAUCUGGCCCUGUAUGUUUUAAGAUAGUGAUACAGUGGAGCUGUCAGACAGACUAUAUAAGCAAAAAAAAAGUAGAAUAAAACAACGUAUGUUGGGUCUUUUAACUUACAGUCAUAGAUAUGGGAAGAAGCAAUAUGAAGUUUAAAUGUUAUUUCAUGAACAUUGCUAAGGAAUUCGUGUUUUUUUAAUAUAGGUAUAAUAAGAUAUUCAUGGGAUAAAUGGUAAGAGAGUUUACCUAUAGGCACAAUCACUUUUCUAAAGGUUAAUAAGAGAAUGCAAACUGUGAGCUUGUGAAAAGAAAGCUCUGCUAAUAGAUUUUCUACAGCUUCCCGCUGAGCCAAGACAUUUAUUUCACUGUGAUUUCAACGAACACGCCCUUCGAGGGGAUGAAAGAAAGACUUAUCCUGAUUCUGUCCUCGUGCAUGUUAAAAAACAAAUGAUUCCAAGCUUUCGAAAAACUCUCAGCGCAGCGUUUCCCUUGUGAAAUCGUGAGACGUUCAUUUUAUAUACAGAAGUGCGCUGGAAAGACACAGCGUUACCAUAUCUGCAGUGGAAAAUCUGCCUUGGAGUUUGUAAAAAGCCUAUUCAUGCGCCAAAAAUACAAAACAAAACUCAAAACAAAACACACACAGUGACAAAAAUGUGUAAACAUUCAAACAGAGCCACAAAGUCUUCUUCCAAUAUUUUCAGACAACAGCAGAACAUACACAACCUUCGAGAAUAUCUCUAGUAUACUUUGUAGCCUUAAUGGUUAUUCUAAUAACUGAAAUGAUCUGAUAGAUUUAUAAAUAACAGUCGCUCUCACAACAUUCAUGACCCGGGGAUAAAAGGGGCAAUUAUUCAUGAACUGAGCAUAUACAGCCGGUUAAUACAAUAGGAACCAUGGUAAUGGCGAUCUUAAAAAACUAUCUGACAGCCCAAUAAAUGUGCUUAUGGGCCUCAAAGUAAGUGAAACAAUAAAUUGUCUACAUAAUUAUCGCAGCGACAGUGAAAGGGUAUGCUGUAAGCACUUUGGCAUGCAAGCACAGAAGCUUUGGGUUUUCCAUUAAACAAGCUUAUAUCAAUUUGCAUAGCUUUAUUGUACAGGUGUUUAUAGAUCGAAAGUCACUGCCUCUUCACUACGAAUGCACUUUGUGUGAUUGUUUUUGUAAUAAAAUCAACUCCACAUUCCAUGUUGGAAUUAUAUUGUAAAUUCUUAUAAACGGAAUACACUGUAUGUAACACACACUCCCCCCUCCUCUCUCUCCCUCUCUCUUCCUCUAUCUUGCUUUCUCUCCAUUUCUCUCCCAUCUGAUUUUCAUGUAACAGAGAGUCUAGAGAUAGGCAACCAUCGGCACUCCAGAUGUUGUGGACUACAACCCUCAUAAUGCUCUUAUACACAUAAUGCUGGCAAAGCAUCAUGGGAGGUGUAGUCCAAAACAUCUGCAGUGCCGAAGGUUAUAGACCGAGAGAUGAACAGUUGUAAGGUAGCAUAAAUUGCUAUUAAAAAAAAACACAAGAACAUUUUAUAUCUCUCAGUGUUAGUUAAAAAGACAUUUUGUAUAAAAUGAGAUUUAUUCAUACAAUAUGGCCAUAAAGUGCCAUGCCAAACAAUUCCGUCAUAGUACUGUAUAUAGGUGCGAUAUAACUUUGAACGUUUUAUAUAUGGGAGCUUGUAUACUUCUACGUAUUACCUAAACUAGCCCGUGGUCUUCAUUGAGAACCUUUCUUACUGCGUACAGUAAAAUUACAAUGUACUCCAAGUACUGUCCUCCAUAGGGAUCCAGGCUCGUUCUUCCUUGCUCAUAGAUGCCCACCUUCCUAAUUAUAAUGCAAGUAGGGAUGGUCUUGGACAAAAAGGAACAGUAUAGCAAUACCAAAUUGGUUCAACAUUUUCCAAAAAUGGCUGGGAGUGAGUGGAGACACAAGUCAUUCCCCACUACCAGAGCUUGUGAGGAACUCUGCAAAACAUGAAUUCUCUGGGUAGAAGACUUACUUUGAAGUUGGUAUAAUUUUAUAAUCUUUACCUGUGCAAAAAACAGCAUUUAGAGAGAUUUAUCUAUGGUUUAUAUAAAUAAAUAUAAGAAUACCUUUAUAUCUCUCUCACACACAGUCACAUACCUAAACACAGAUUCAUUUGGCUUUUCUGCAUCCCAGUACUUACAGCCUUUUAUUGCAUGAAUAGGGCAAACAAAGUGUUAAAAUUGCUUUGACAAAAAUGUAGAGAAUGCACAGCCUCCUAGCAGCAAAACAACCACAACACACUAUGUGAUUAUGGCACUUGGAGAGUCAAUUUAAAUUCACCAAAUUACCCACUAAUUAACCCACUUUCUCCUCCUACCCAUCUUCCUUCAGUUUAGUUUAUAGUGCGAGCCUCCAGGGGCAUAAAAUCCUCUCUACCAACCUAUCUAAUCACUUCACAACCUAUAAACGAUUUGCUAAAACUCUCUCAUCAUGAACUUCAAAUCCCCCCUGCAAGAUCUUGUCUCCGCUCAUCUUUACAAAGUUUGUUAUAAACUCUCAAGCCAUACUAAAUACUGUUAUAAAUGCUAGAUGCUCUGUCCCAUUAUUGUACUAUCAUUACUUCCCUUUACGUUGAGUUCAUCAAUUCUUCCAUUGAUUUAAUUAUAUUCUCAUAGGUGAUCAUCAUUUUCUAGGCAGUGGGAGAUGAAGGGUGAAUACUACAAAUACCUUUUUUAGGAUCAUUGUUAUAUCAUAAAAUUUGAGGAAAUGUUUAUAGGUUGAAACACUGUGGAAUAACGUAAUCUUUUUAGACAUGAAAUUUCAUAUGGGAAUUAACUUAAAGUGAUCCUUCAUUGGUGAAUUCCAAAUCUUCUGAAAAGUUUUUAGAAAUUUUCGUUAGUGCUAUUAUGAAGAAUUUCAAACUGCUGUCUAGAUCUAUUGCAACUCAAUAUCAUCGCACAUUUGGUAAUGCUAAGAAUGGUGGUUUGAGAGUCUGAUUAUUAAUAUAAUUUGAGAUGAUAUUGAGCAUCGGGGGAGAUUUCGACUUCUAAGUAAUUCACUCUACAUUUAUGGAUUGUAGAAUAGUUCAUGCCCACCAAUGUUAGGGUAACGUUCGGUGUACAAAAACAUGUAAUUUUAUAAAAUGUAUUGUUUUGCUGUAAUGUGAAAUAUAAAGAAGGACAUCAAUUUGGAAACAUAGAAUUUUCUAUGAUACUACAUAAUUACCUAUGUGUCGUAGUAUAACGUGAACGUCUGGUAUUAUAGUAUCAAAUGAGAUUUAUCUGUUAAUACAUGUCUAAUAAGGCCUUUGGUUCUGGAAGACAGAUGGAAUGCAAUAAGUGUGAGAACCUCCUCCGUUCCAUGCCACCCACUAGUGGAUGUUAUUGUGUUUUAACAGUUGCAGUUGACAAUUCAUUUUUAUUUCUUGAUUAUAAUUUUAUGGGAAAGAUUAAUAGCGCAUUCUUUGUCUGAUGCCUGCCUAACUUGUUAAAAAAAGGUCAAGUAAACAUCAAAUGUGUUCUGCCUCCCCUCAGUGUGACUAAAGAUGUUGAACUGAUCUUAACAGAAGACAAUGCCCCCAUUCGGCAGUUUUGACAUUCCUAAAUGCUCAAUAUUAAAGCAUAAUAUACCUCGUAAAUACUAUCUCAAGCAAUGAGCACCCCUGUCUGAAGGUUAACUCAAAUGUUGUGUUCUAUGGUUAUAUAAUACAGAUUAGGGAACAGCGCACACACACACAAAAAAAUACAGUUUCACAUUUUACAAUGCGCCUUAAUAUCACCUAUCUUAGCAAGCAGAUAUGGGGAUUCAGUUACACAAUAUGGCCAUCUUCUAUGUUUCAUUUAUUUGUAUUCCAUAGAAACUUAAAAAAAAAAAUCUGUUUGUUUGUUUUUUACAGCCCAGUGGUGGUGUGUCAGCAGGACAAGCUCUGGGAGUUGAAAUCAUUAUCACCUUCCAGUUGGUGCUCUGCGUCGUGGCUGUCACAGACAAACGUAGGACUGAUAUUACAGGAUCCAUACCCCUCGCCAUAGGUCUAUCGGUGGCCUUGGGACAUCUGAUUGCAGUAAGUAUACUAUAUACCAGUGAGAUGAACUAUGAAAAGCGUUAACUUAUUAGAUAUUACUAGAUUAAGAUCCAUUUUCUGCAAUUGUAACUAUAUUAAAUAUCUAAAUCUCGGUGCUGAGCUAGAUCUUAGACUAGUUAGAUUAUCCUCACGUAAAGCAAAUCGAUGGUCAAUAUAUCUAAAAGACUAUCUCCAGUAUUUAAGGCUAUGCACACUUGGGAUCCUAGCUAACAAUUUCUGGUAUUUCAAUGGAGUGCCCAUACGGAUUAUGUUAUUAUGGAUCUUGAAGCAGAAAUACACUUUCAAUUCAAUUUGAAUUGUCACUUUAGCAGAUAACCCUGCUAGUAUUUCCUCUUAGACCUGGAGAGGCCAAAGGUAGAUCCCCAGUUAUAUAUAUUCCCAUUGUAGUUGCAUGCAGUUUUUUAAUAGUUAAGGGACUACGUUUUUGACCACUGCUGCCACAGACCAUGCUUUCAAUCUCAUAGCAAAAGGGAUAUUAUCGUCAUGCUGUUAAUUAUGUUGUUGACUUGAAGCUAAUUAAGACCUUUACGCUGGUAUGUCUGGGAGAUUGAACUGAAAGUUCCUUUGGGUACACCAUUAAGAGUCUUGUAAUAGGAAACAUGUGCUACUUUCAUUAGAUUAUGAAGUUACAAACUAAAUUAGGUUGGAAAAAAAACACAAACUCCAUCAAAGUCAAUAUUUUCAAGUACCCAUUUUUCUUAAUCCAAGAAAGGCAAAACUCCUCUCUAUAAAGGCAAACAAUGUUUUCUCCAAGUGAGUGCUACCUGUAUGUGUUCAGUUUAGGCAAAUAGCCAUGCCAUUGCAUCAUUACCACCUGUUUUUGACCACUUUUCUAUAAUUUCAUCCCAUACGGCACCAUUCGGCUUUCUAGCAGUAGGCUCUGCGUGCCGCUCUGAUAAUUAAAGAGAAAACUAUCAAACAUUAAAGGGACACUAUAGUCACCUGAACAACUUUAGCUUAAUGAAGCAAUUUUGGUGUAUAGAACAUGCCCCUACAGCCUCACUGCUCAAUCCUCUGCCAUUUAGGAGUUAAAUCCCUUUGUUUAUGAACCCUAGUCCCACCUCCCUGCAUGUGACUUGCACAGCCUUCCAUAAACACUUCCUGUAAAGAGAGCCCUAUUUAGGCUUUCUUUAUUGCAAGUUCUGUUUAAUUAAGUUUUACUUAUCCCCUGCUAUGUUAAUAGCUUGCUAGACCCUGCAAGAGCCUCCUGUAUGUGAUUAAAGUUCAAUUUAGAGAUUGAGAUACAAUUAUUUAAGGUAAAUUACAUCUGUUUGAAAGUGAACCCAGUUUUUUUUUUCAUGCAGGCUCUGUCAAUCAUAGCCAGGGGAGGUGUGGCUAGGGCUGCAUAAACAGAAACAAAGUGAUUUAACUCCUAAAUGACAGUGAAUUGAGCAGUGAAAUUGCAGGGGAAUGAUCUAUACACUAAAACUGCUUUAUUUAGCUAAAGUAAUUUAGGGGACUAUAGUGUUCCUUUAAGAAAAAGAAACUAUCCUGCAGAAAUAACAAAAGUCAAAGGAACAUGAAAUAAAUAAGAAAAAAAUAAACAAAAUAUAGUGUAAUAAUACAUUGUAUUUUUUAUAUAUUAGAUCUCUUAAUUUAGAACCUUACUUACUAAGAUUUUUCACAAUGUUCUGCCAUGUGGAGACAUUUACACAUUGGGGAUUUCAGAAUGAAUGUGUUUUGUUGCUGAACGCCGAUACAAACCAUACUGACGUGUACUUUUUCUGUGCAGAUUGAUUACACUGGCUGUGGAAUGAACCCAGCACGUUCCUUCGGUUCUGCUGUAAUGGCAAGAAACUUUUCACAUCACUGGGUAAGAAAGAAUUGAUAUUCACUACUGUUAUAUAAUAUGCAAUAUAUUAACAUGUACAAUUACUAAGGUGUAAUAUUUAGAAAUCAUUUCAUAAUUCGGAGAGGACCAAUGUGCAGUAGGUUAGUUAGCCUGUCUAACCUGUGAGUUUUGUGGUUAGUUGUGAAUCUUUGAACUGCAAGUUAAAUUAAAGAGUUGCUAAAUUUCUCCAAUUUGAUAUUUAUAGUCAGCAGAACUGUAAUUUGACUUAGUAUAAUUUAGGUUGUUAAUACAACAUUCAUAUUCCAUUUAAGAAAAUACAUAAAUGUAUUUUAUAAUUAAAAAAAAAAUUUGUUUUAAAAUUAAUUAUUUAUUAAAUUGAUAUGGGAAUUAUUUGGUUCUCUGGAUUCUAAAGAAUAAAAACAAAUAACAAACAAACAAAAACAAAAAACAUAACACGCCCCCCCCCCAAAAAAAAGCCAUGUAAAUAAUUUUUAUACUUUAUUAUGUAGACACAUUAAUCUAAUCUAAUGUAAUCUAAUAUAAUAUAAUAUAAUCUGAUACAAUCUACAUACUCCAUAAAAUGUUGCAAGUCAAAGUACUUUUAUACACUACUCUAAAUGUAUUAUUCUCUAUAAUGUCAUGUGAAUAUAUCUGUAAAAUGAAAUUGUCUGUGAUACUGUAAUCAUCAUCCAAAUGGCCUAAUGUAUUUAAGAUUUGGGAAGAUUUAGCAAAACGUGUUAUGCAGAACGUUUUAAUAUGUAUUGUUUUAUUUUAUUAGAUAUUUUGGGUUGGACCCAUGAUUGGAGGUGCAGCAGCAGCCAUUAUAUAUGACUUUAUCUUGGCCCCAAGGACAAGUGACUUCACAGAUCGCAUUAAAGUCUGGACCAGGGGCGUGGAAGAGUAUGAUCUGGAUGGAGAUGACAAUGCACGGGUUGAAAUGAAACCAAAAUAAAAUUGAAAUGGAAAUCUAAAUUAAAAAGAAAAUAGAGAUGUCAGUAUUAUGGACUUAUUUGUAAAAAAAAAAUAAAAACAUUUUUUGGGGGGUGGUGUGGGGGGAGGGGUUGGGAAUGAACUUUUUAUCACAAUUUCCUUUAAAUGUCCUGUUGUGCCUUUGCAGUUUGUACUCUAAUAUGAAAAUUACACACAUGAAGUUCUUCCUGUUUAACCAUUUUGGUGCCAGAGACUUGAAUUUUCUUAGUUUCCCAGACUUACUUGCCUCUUUGGUACUGCAAUGGUUAAAAAGGCAUUUUAUAUUUAAAUAAAAAAAAUCUUUAUUGCCAGCAGUAACCCUUUUAUUUGUACCCAGAUAAUAUUACUGCUUUUGGUUUGAUUAAAUCAAGCUUGCACAUCAUUAACAUUGACAUUAUAAUUAAUGAUAUAUACAUUUACUGUUAAAAAUGUACAUUUUUGGCAAAUCACGGUGGGAACCACAAAUGUUGCGUUUUGUAGCUGUUAAAUAAUGCACUUAGAUGGCAUAUGGUGAUUUGUAUAAUGGAGGAUUUUGGAACAACUGCAAUCGCCAUUAAAGUUCAAGCUCACCUGCUAUCAUCAAGGCAAACGAAUUACCCCUAACAAGAACACACAUGGUAUGGGUUACUGCACAGUAAUUAGGCCUAUUAAUACAAAUGCAACUAAAACUACAGGAAUUAGCCUGCAAGCUCAUGGGAUUCUUGUUUCUUGUUAAUUAGAUUGUACGGAUUCCUGAGAAUACCCCUCUCUGUCUCGCAAGGUGAAUCAGUGCUGUAGGUAGGACUUAGCUUCGCGUUUUGCGUUGAUGGUGGGAGGGGACAUCACAAUAGGGACUGGGGAUUGUUUCCUGAUAACCUGUGUGGUAUUGCGUUUUUUGAUACAUUUGGGCUGAUGUAUACUGUUGCCUUGGACAGCAGGUGUGGAUGGUGAAGUAAUUCAAUGGUAUUUUAUUUCUGUAGUUUGGGAAAAGGAUGUCAGAAAAAAUGAAAAAUGUUACAGCAGGAGGUUCAGCCUGACAGGUAUAUUACAAGCGCAACACGCAACAAAAAUAAAAAAAAUAAGUGGAGGCCGUUAGGGAUGGGGAAUAAGCAAAAACGUUUACUAUUUGUCUGAAAGGGCCAAAAAUGACCAGGCAGAGCGCCUCUGUCUGUCUGUCUAUCUAUCCAUCUAUCCAUUCAUUUUGUUUCUAUUUCUUUUAAUAUAAAUAUCUGGAAAACACAGGACUUAAUAUUAAAGUUGAAAACUGUAUUAAAGAAGGAAUUUCAUUAAAAUAUUUUGUCAUUAGGCGGAAGACCCUUUUCCUGCAGGAUUCUCUUGAUGCGAGCUAUCCUGUGUUCAUGCUGCCAGCGGCUCCGAUGCCUUUUUUUUGUGCUUUACAUUAAUUUGUACUUUUCUCUGUUACAAAUCACUAAUAGCGUCAUAGACUCGGAGACACCACUAUGUAUAAAAGAUUUCUGCAGUAAACGACAGCAUCCAAAUCACGCUCUCUUAUUUUAACAAUAUAUUAUUCAUUCCAGUUUGGACAUUGUAUAAAGAAAGUAUCUCACUUACACAUGCAGUUACCUACACUGUCUAAUUACACUAAGACUAAACACUUUAUUACCCGUUUAGAGAUAUCAAUAUAUAUAUAUUUGCUUAGCUGUAUUACUGUUAUUAUGAAAUAUCUCAGUAUUGUAAAUACAUAUUUGAUUGCAUUCUAAAUAAAAUAAGCUUGUACUAACAGAC